AUGGACAAUCUCAACAAGAACGACAAGGCAGAUGCGAUUGACGCGGCGCCAACACAGAUCCAUCGUGAGGUUAUGCAGGGUGAACAGUUGAUCGGGGCUGCGAGGGAGUCGUAUGGACCUGGUGGGUUUAAGGGGCUGUUCGCGAACCACUAUGUUGCCAUGUGCGCUAUUUUUGCCACUAUUGGAGGUUUGCUUUUCGGCUACGAUCAAGGUGUUAUUUCAGUCACGCUUGUCAUGGACCAGUUUCUUGAGACUUUCCCUCGAGUAUCGGAAACAGCAUCUGGAGCGGGUUUCUGGAAAGGCCUUAUGACUGCUAUGCUCGAGCUUGGCGCUCUAAUCGGAGCCCUGUUUGCUGGCUACCUUGCGGAUAAACUGAGCAGAAAGUACUCUAUUGUCGUGGCUGUUAUUGUAUUCACGGUUGGAAGUAUCCUGCAGACAGCGGCUGUGGGGUACAGUAUGCUUACGGUCGGGCGACUGAUUGGUGGUAUGGGUAUUGGAGCACUAGCCUGCAUCGCGCCCCUCUACAUUUCUGAAAUCGCGCCUCCAGAGAUCCGUGGAACACUCCUCGUUCUCCAAGAAUUCAGCAUCGUCUUCGGUAUUGUCGUUGCCUUUUGGACAACCUAUGGCACGCGCUACAUGGCUGGCCAAUGGUCGUGGCGACUUCCUUUCCUUAUUCAGAUGAUUCCUGGGGUUGUCCUGGGUGUGGGGAUCGUGUUCCUACCAUUUUCGCCCCGCUGGUUGUCAAGCAAAGGCCGUGACGACGAGGCGCUGCAAGUUUUGGCCAAACUUCGCGGUCUGCCCACGACAGACUCUCGCGUCUACCGCGAAUGGUGCGAGAUCCGUGCCGAAGUUGCCUUCACGCGGGAGGUUAACUGCGAGAAACACCCCAAUCUCCAGGAUGGCACGCGCGCAAGCAACUUCAAACUCGAGCUCGCGUCCUGGACAGAUUGUUUCCGCCACGGUUGCUGGAAACGCACCGUUGUCGGCGUGGGCAUUAUGUUCUUCCAGCAGGUCAGUGACAGCAACUACUCGCAGAAAAUGAGACGAGCUAAAAUACUUCAGUUUGUUGGUAUAAACGCCUUGAUCUACUACGCGCCCAGCUUGUUCGGUACUCUCGGACAGGAGUAUGAGAUGCAACUGCUACUCUCCGGCAUCAUCAACUGCACCCAACUCGUCGGCGUCAUCACAUCUCUCUGGACUAUGGACCGCUUCGGUCGCCGCCCACUCCUGCUCACCGGUGCCGGACUCAUGUUCAUCUGCCACCUGAUCAUUGCAGUCUUAGUUGGUAAAUACGGCGGACGAUGGGCCGACUACGCAACCGAGGGCUGGGUUGCCGUCGCGUUCCUCUUCUUCUACAUGUUCAGCUUCGGCGCAACAUGGGGCCCAGUCCCAUGGGCCAUGCCCUCAGAAAUUUUCCCAAGCAGUCUGAGAGCAAAAGGCGUCGCGCUGUCAACUUGCUCCAAUUGGUUCAACAACUUCAUCAUCGGACUCAUCACGCCUCCACUCGUCCAAAACACAGGCUAUGGUGCGUACACUUUCUUCGCCAUCUUUUGUCUACUCGCCUUCGUCUUUACGUUCUUCUGCAUCCCCGAGACGGCGGGCAAGACGCUCGAGCAAAUGGACGAGGUGUUCAAGGACGUCAACAGCGUCGAGGAGGAGCAACGCAAGGCGCGCAUCAUGGGCGAUAUCGUUCAAGGGAAAAGAGACACCUUUGCUGCUCCGUGA